AUGGCGGACAACGUGCAGCCGAACCCGCAGGCCACGGGGAGCAGUUGGACUUCGUUCUUGAAGUCCAUCGCCUCCUUCAACGGCGACCUCUCCAGCCUGACCGCGCCGCCCUUUAUCCUCUCCGGCAUCUCCCUCACCGAGUACAGCUCCUACUGGUGCGAGCACCCGGCCGUCUUCGCCGCGCCCGCCAAGGAGGCCGACCCGCAGAAGCGCGCCAUGCUGGUGCUCAAGUGGUUCCUCUCCACCCUGAAGCAGCAGUACGCCACACGCAGCGAGAAGUACGGCAACGAGAAGAAACCUCUGAACCCGUUCCUGGGCGAGCUGUUCUUGGGCACAUGGGAGGAUGACGCGGGUACUACGGAGCUCAUCAGCGAGCAGGUCAGCCACCACCCGCCCGCCACAGCCUACAGCAUCACCAACAUCCCCACAGGCGUGCACCUUGAGGGCUACAACGCACAAAAGGCAACAUUUGGCAAGACCAUCAACAUCAAGCAGAUCGGCCACGCGAUCCUGACGGUGCCCACGCCGUCGGGCGACAAGGAGACGUACCUCAUCUCGCUGCCCUCGCUGCACGUCGAGAACCUGUUCCUGGGCGCGCCCUUUAUCGAGCUCAACUCGGCCUCGUACAUCACCAGCUCGUCCGGGUUCACCGCCAAGAUCGACUACGCCGGCAAGGGCUGGCUGUCGGGCAAGAAGAACAGCUUCGUCGCCACGCUGUACCCGACGGGCCGCGAGAAGGAGGUCCUCUACAACGCGUCGGGCCAGUGGACCAAGCAGUUCGAGAUCCACUCGGGCCCCGUCAAGCACAACGCCGCCGCCAACCUGCUCGAGUCGUACGACGCCGUCGCCGCCGCCACCACCCCCCUGAACGUCGCGCCCAUCGAGAAGCAGCACCCGCUCGAGUCGCGCCGCGCCUGGCUCAAGGUCGCCGAGGCCAUCCAGAAGGGCGACAUGGACACCGUCGGCCGCGAGAAGGGCAAGAUUGAGAAUGCCCAGCGCGAGCUGCGCGCCAAGGAGAAGGCAGAGGGCCGCAUGUGGCAGCGCCGCUACUUUUCUGUGCGCAUCGAGCCGGACCCCGUGCUGGCUCAGCUCGGCGCCGUCGUCGGCGUGCCGGAUCAUGGGGACGGGGACAAGACGGGCGGUGUGUGGCGGUUUGAUCGGAGCAAGGCCGACAAGGUGAGGGCGGAGCCGCCUCUGGGUGAGGAGGAGCAGAAGGUCUUUGCUAGGGAUUUUCUUGGGCAGUAA